AUGCGACGGGUCUUCACUGUCGCUAGCAAAAAAAGUGGCCGAACACCGUAUUUCUUAUGCAUACGUUGUCGAGCAGAUGUAAAAGCAGAUUCUAACAAAGAGUUGAAUUUGGAUAAUGAGUCUGAACGGAUGACGACAUCCUCUCGGAUUGGAAUUGUUACUCCUGAGGAAGCGAUCCAUCACUUAUGUGUUCCUGAACCUCCAGAUCCUGGGGCAUGUUGUGCGUCUGGAUGUGCAAAUUGUGUUUGGAUUGAAUAUGCUACCGAACUAAUGCGUUACUACAGAGAUCGCCCUUUGCAUGAAGCUAUGAGUGAAAUUGACAGAGUAGUCCCAGACAUUGGUGUUCGAGAAUUUGUCAAAGCAGAAGUCCGUGAACGUACCAAAUGUUGA